AUUUUCUGGGAAUUUAAGAACAGAAAAAGUAAGAUUCCUGUACGGAAAGCUUACCGUAUCACUAAAAAAAUCAGACGGCUUAUCAAUUUUGGGACAAUCCUUCAGGUUCUCUCCACAUUUACACUCCCAACACAUUCCCACUUCUUCCUCUCCGAUGGACUUCAAAUCACCGUCUGUAGUUUCAUCCACCAGCAAUUGCAGUGAUGAUACAUGCAACAGCUUACUCUAUGGAAGAGAAAUCGAAGCUAUAGAUAGAAAAGCUGGGACACGUCUUCCCAAAAUUGAUUUGGGACCUGUUCCAUCACCUGUUGAAGUUGAUGCUGCAGUUGCUGCACUUCAGAGUUUGCUGCAGGAGAGUUUUUCACUUGGAUCGGUGUCAAAAUGGCUUCAGCCGCUGAUGAACUCCUGUGAUUCAAGCAUUUUGCAUUCUCGUGGUUAUCGAUUACUUUGUAAAGGUCUUCAAUGGCUGCUAACAGAUCCUACAUUCAAGGGACUGGUAAUUUCACUGUGUUUGGACAAAGAUGUUUGGAAUGCUAUUAGAAACAAUGGGAUCGUAGAGAAGCUCCAGGAGUUACCUUCUUCAGAAGGUGGAAAUGGAAACCCUGAGAGCUCCAAGCAGGGACCUGACUUUGGUAAUGCCAUUCUAAGCUGGAUUUUGCUAAUGUCACUCACAAAAAUCAGGGAGCUGAUCGAAAACUUUGUGUUCCUGUUGAACAAUGCAUUUCGUUUUCCUGGGAAAGAGAAACUGAAGGCAGAGAAAAGAGAUGAGAUAGAUGAAAAAAUCCAAUCUUCAUUCUUUCUGUCCUUAGUCAUCCUGUUGAUUGUGAUCGUUGCUCGAGUUCAGAUGGCAUAAAAUCGGCGGCAUACAACAUCUGCUGACCAUGGUUGUACUCAUACUUCUAUUUAAGCUAAAUUGUAAGAAGCUUCCUUGAGCUUCUUUACUUCUAAUUGCAACAUAAUAUUCAUACGUCACCGUGAGUCGUGUUUCCCUAAUAUUAUACAGUCGUGUUUCCCUAAUAUCAUAACACCAGAAUCAUACUUUUUUAUAUUAGUCUUGCUUGUUUUUGGAUAUUA